UUGCAACGGUUCGUAUGUUGUUUUUCAUGAGUUGUCGGGUGUCUCUGUCAUUCAUACGGCUAGCCCUGCCCUACCCCGCAAUCCGACUCCACUACCGAAGCCCGUGUCUUCGAGUCUCCGAGCAAGCACACUCCUAGUCCGCAGUUUUUAUUUGGUCUCCCGCACAUCGACAUUAUUCAGCAUGCCCGAGCGGAGGCCUUUCGUGCGGUUGCCCACUGACGUCUACCCCGUCAACUACGGGCUGCGCCUCAAGCCUGACCUCAUCGACUUCACCUUCGAGGGCAAACUGGAGGCAGCCGUGGAGGUAACUCAAGGGACAAACCAGAUUGUGAUGAACUGUGCUGAUAUAGACAUAAUUACUGCUUCUUUUGUGCCUGAAGGGGGGGAAGAAAUUAAUGCUACAGGAUUUAACUAUCAGAAUGAGGAUGAAAAGGUCACCCUGUGUUUCCCCAGCACUCUGCAGAAAGGGUCAGGAUCGUUGAAAAUAGACUUUGUCGGAGAGCUGAAUGACAAAAUGAAAGGUUUCUAUAGGAGUAAAUAUGCAACUUCUUCAGGAGAAAUCCGCUAUGCUGCUGUCACACAGUUUGAGGCCACGGACGCACGCCGAGCUUUCCCAUGCUGGGACGAACCAGCUAUCAAAGCCACUUUUGACAUCACCCUCAUCGUCCCUAAGGAAAGAGUAGCCUUGUCGAAUAUGAAUGUUGUCGAUCGAAAGCCAUAUCCAGAGGAUAACAGUCUGUUGGAGGUGAAGUUUGCUACUACACCCAUCAUGUCCACAUACCUGGUGGCAUUUGUCAUUGGCGAGUAUGACUUUGUGGAGAGUCAGUCGUCAGAUGGUGUGACAGUCCGUGUCUACACACCUGUCGGAAAGGCAGAGCAAGGGAAAUUUGCACUGGAGGUUGCUACAAAGACCCUUCCAUUCUACAAAGAUUAUUUCAGUGUUCCUUAUCCAUUGCCUAAAAUUGAUCUAAUUGCUAUUGCUGAUUUUGCUGCUGGUGCCAUGGAAAACUGGGGCCUUGUAACCUACAGGGAGACAGCUUUGCUGAUUGACCCAAAGAACUCGUGUGCGUCAUCCCGGCAGUGGGUCGCCUUGGUAGUUGGCCAUGAACUGGCGCAUCAGUGGUUUGGGAACCUUGUUACCAUGGAAUGGUGGACUCAUUUGUGGCUUAACGAAGGUUUCGCAUCAUGGAUCGAGUACCUCUGUGUGGACCAUUGUUUCCCUGAGUACGACAUCUGGACCCAGUUUGUAUCUGCAGACUACACCAGAGCUUUGGACCUGGAUGCUUUAGAUAACAGCCAUCCUAUUGAGGUUGAUGUCGGACACCCUUCAGAAGUAGAUGAAAUAUUUGAUGCCAUAUCAUACAGCAAAGGGGCCUCUGUCAUUCGCAUGCUGCAUAACUACAUUGGUGAUGAGGAUUUUAGAAAGGGAAUGAAUGCUUACCUGUUGAAGUUUCAGCACAAAAAUGCAUCUACUGAGGACCUAUGGGAAUGCUUGGAGCAGGCGAGUGGGAAGCCUAUCGCAGCAGUGAUGAAUUCCUGGACCAAACAGAUGGGCUUUCCUAUUAUAGUAGUGGAUCAAGAGCAGCAUGGCAAUGAACGUGUGCUGAAAAUCUCCCAGAAGAAGUUUUGUGCUAGCGGACCACACAAUGGUGAGGACUGCCCCAGCUGGAUGGUUCCCGUCAGUAUCUGUACCAGUGAGGAUCCGAGCUGCACCAAGAUUAAGGUUUUGUUGGACCAGUCUGAAACCACAGUUACCAUACCAAACGUCGCACCUGACCAUUGGAUCAAGAUUAAUCCAGGCACCGUGGGAUUCUACAGGAUCCAGUACAGCUCAGCCAUGCUGGAGUGUCUCUUGCCUGGUAUCCGAGACCUGACACUGCUUCCUGUGGACCGCCUGGGUCUGCAGAACGACCUCUUCUCCUUGGCUCGUGCAGGUAUGAUCAGUACUGUGGAGGUGUUAACGUUGAUGGAAGCUUUUGUGAAUGAGCCAAACUACACAGUGUGGAGUGACCUGAGCUGUAAUCUGGGUGUUCUGUCCUCUCUGCUCUCACACACCGACUUCCAUGAGGAGAUCCAGGAGUUCAUCCGAGAUCUUUUCACCCCAAUUGGCCUGAAGCUAGGCUGGGACAGCAAGCCUGGAGAGGGACAUUUGGAUGCCCUGCUGCGGGGUUUGGUGCUGGGGAAGCUGGGUAAAGCGGGGCAUAAGGCCACACUGGAGGAAGCCCGGCGGAGAUUCAAAGACAAUGUGGAGGGUAAACAGAUUCUCUCUGCAGACCUCAGGAGUCCAGUCUACCUAACAGUUCUGAAGCACGGAGACAGUACGACACUUGAAACGAUGCUUAAGCUUCAUAAGCAGGCAGACAUGCAGGAGGAGAAGAACCGUAUUGAGCGAGUGCUGGGAGCCAUUCCUGCCCCUGACCUCAUCCAGAGAGUGCUUAACUUCUCACUGUCGGAGGAAGUUCGUCCCCAGGACACAGUGUCUGUAAUUGGGGGUGUUGCUGGAAGCAGCAAACAGGGCCGCAAAGCUGCAUGGAAAUUUGUGAAGGACAACUGGGAAGAGCUUCAUAACCGGUACCAGGGCGGCUUCCUUAUAUCAAGAUUAAUCAAGCUCACAGUGGAUGGGUUUGCUAUAGAUAAAAUGGCUGCAGAGGUUAAGAGUUUCUUUGAAAGUCACCACGCACCAGCCGCCGAGCGCACGGUACAGCAGUGCUGUGAGAACAUUCUCCUGAAUGCUGCCUGGCUCAAGAGGGAUGCAGAUGAUAUCCACCAGUACAUGUUGCAGAGGAAAACACCCCCUGUCUGACCUCUGAACUUUGACCCCUUCCUGACCUACACACUCCAAAAUGAGCAUCAUCUGGCUAUCUUCAGAAAAAACAGAAAUUAAUACAAAACUGCAACUUCAUCUUAAGAAUAACCCUAGAGAUAAAGAGAAGGACACUAGGAAGCAAGACUUAAGAAGUUAUUCACUCAUUAAUAGUGGUGUAAUUCCCCAUUCUGCCAGUGGAAGGCACAAUAUCACCCAUAGAGAGCUGUGACUGAAAUGGAAGAGAUUCUCCAUGUGUUAUUAUAUGGGCUGGUAAUGCAUGUACACACAUUGUUCCUUCAGUAUGGCACUCCUCACACACAGUGGUAUUAUAAGUUAAUCAUGAAAUAUCUGUCUACCUUUUUGUUCCCCCAAUAGAAAACAAAAGCAUGAUGUUGAUAUGCUCAGUUUUAAGUUUGUUGGGACUCCUUCCCUUUUAUUAGUAAUGGCUAUUAUGCAUUUUAUCCCGAAUCCGCUGCAUUGUGACUGGGCAGAAUGGGGGUUAUAAGUUGAGAUGCACUGGUAACAGAAUGGACUCUAUGGUAACGGCUCUGAAUUCCAUCGUUACUAACGGUUAGGACAGAAGCAGCAUAAGCAUGGUACUGUGUGUAUAUUGUAUAUGGCAAGCAUUAGUUCUGAGACAUUCAAUUAAUCUAAAAUGUUAUUUUAUAUAUAUAUACUGUAUGUAUGUGUGUGUGUGUGUGUGUGUAUGUAUGUCUAUAUAUAUAUAUAUAUAUAUAUAUAUAUAUAUAUAUAUAUAUAUAUAUAUACACACACACACACAUGCAUGCAUACAUACACAUGCACUUGAUCUGAUAUUUGCCCUUGUCUCCUGUAUGUCAAAAUCACCUGUUCUACAGCACACUUCCAGUGGUUCAUCCAAAAAUUAGAUUAAAUUUAGAAAAAAAGUGAAAGAAUGGAAAUCUAAAAUACACAGAAAGGCUUCAAUGUCAUUAGCAUCUGUCAUAAUAAUGCAAAGCUGUUUAGAAAUUUUAUAAGAUGUAUUUAAUGAUUUUACUGUUGUGGAAAGCACACUUGAAUGGCAUUUGGGCUGUAUCUAAUCUGGGCUCACAGAAUCAUGAUUCAACCUGGUAUCAAACUCGGAGGCCUUAAAUUGGUAAACCUGAUUUGUGUAAGCGAUUGUUCAAUGGCAUGGUUACUGUUGAUGAGAUGCACAGAGCUGGCUCGUUAGGUGAAAUCAUGAUCAUCAAAUUCUGUCUCUGAAUCUUUCCCUGAAAUGUGGUUUUGUUUAAAAAAUUCAAUUGAUGUUCAUUAAAGAAGAUGAGAAAAAAUAUGGACAGAAAAUGUAUUGUGAGAACAGUAUGCAUGAUGAUGUGUGACUGUUCAUGCUCUUACAUAUUUUGUGUGGAUUUUUAAACUAGUCAAAUUAAUGUACCCUAAAUGUAAAUUAUGCUAUUGUGCUGGUUCACACAGUAUAUUCAACAAUAUAAAUACCACUUUAUGAAUACAAAUAUAAAAAGUGAUUUCAAUUAAUGUAACAUAGGAUGAAAAAUAAGGACUUUAGCACAGAGAUGGGAGCUACUGUAAUUAUGAUGAAUGGACAAAAGGCAGGCAGAAGCUUGCAUGUCUGGUUGAGUCAGAACUUAAUCAUCGGUAAUAGUCAUAAUAAGACUUUACAUUUUCAUAAUAUCAUAAACCUUGUGCAAUGGACUAUUUGUGUAUCAUUGUAAAUUUUAGACAGGUAGGUGCAUAUUCAAGCAUAACAUUUGCUAGUAGCUUAACAAAUCUGGAUGAUAAAGGUGAACAGCCAUUUUAUUUAUUUAUAUAUAUAUACACACACAUUAGUGGCCAAAAGUUUGGAAUAAUGUACAGAUUUUGCUCAUAUGAAAAGUACUUGGUACUUUUAUUCACCAAAGUGUCAUUUAACUGAUCACAAUAUACAGUCAGGACAUUAAUAACAUGAAGAAUGACUUUUACAAUUUGAAAAAAUAAAAUCAGAACUUCUUAAACGUCAAAGAGUUCUCAUCAAAAAAUCCUCCAUGUGCAGCAAUGACAGCUUUGCAGAUCCUUGGCAUUCCAGCUGUCAGUAUUUGCACCCCACACUUCCUGUCUUGUUGCUGAUCCCACAAAAGUUUAAUGGGUUUAUGAUCCAUAACACUCUUUUCCAAUUAUCUGUUGUUCAAUGAAUGUGUUUCUUUGCCCACUCUAAAUUUUUUGUUUUUGUGUUUCAAAAGUGGCUUUUUUUUUUUUAGAUCUUCCCAUAAUUCUCUUGCACCCCGAGUCUUCUCUUUACUGUUGUACAUGAAACUGGUGUUGAGCGGGUAAAAUUCAAUGAAGUUGUCAGCUGAGGACAUGUGAGGCGUUUAUUUCUCAAAUUAGAGACUCUGAUGUACAUAUCCUCUUGUUUAUUUGUACAUCUGGCCUUCCACAUCUCUUCCUGUGCUUGUUAGAGCCAGUUGUCCUUUGUCUUUGAAGAAUGUAGUGUACACAUUUGUAUGAAAUAUAUGUAUUUAUUUUUUGCCAAUUUCAAGCAUUGUAUAGCCUUCAUUCCGCAAAUCAAUGAUUGACUGACGAAUUUCUAGAGAAAGCGGUUUCUUUUUUCUGGACAUUUUUGACCUAAAAUUGACCGUAAGACAUGUCAGUCUAUUGCAUACUGUGGCAACUCAAAAUCAAACACAAAGACAAUGUUAAGCUUCAUUUAACAAACCAAAUAUAUUUCAGCUGUGUUUGAUAUAAUGGCAAGUGAUUUUCUAGUACCAAAUUAGCAAUUUAGAAUGAUUACUCAAUGAUAAUGUGUUGAGUGAUGGCUGCUUGAAAUGGGGCCUGUCUAGAUUUUAUCAAAUAUAAUUUUUUUCAAAUAGUGAUGGUGCAUUUUUUAUUUAUUUUUUACAUCAGUAAUGUCCUGACUAUGCUUUGUGUUCAGUUGAAUGCCACUUUAAUGAAUUAAAGGACCAAUUUCCGUUGAAACAGCAAUAUAUGUAUAUAUUGCGGUUUCGUGCGCAGAACUGAAAAAGCAUGUGCGAGCAAGGAGUCCUACAUACCUGCUGUCUCUGUUACACCAGUUCUGUCGGGAGGAAUGGGACAAAAUUCCAGCAACUUAUUGUGAGAAGCUUGUGGAAAGCUCCCCAAAAUAUUUGACCCAAAUUAAACAAUUUAAAGGCAAUGCUACCAAAUACUAACAAUGUGUAUGUAAACUUCUGACCCACUGGAAUGUGAUGAAAGAAA